AUGUCAUCGGAGCGGCGUCGCACGCAUACGGCAACGAGUAGUGAUGAAUUCUUCGCUGGCGUGUCCGUUCAUUGGGCCUCGUCGACCGGCUCUGCGGCUCGGGGGUGGCGGAAGGUGUUGUAUGAGCGGCAGCCCUUUGAGGACAACUACGUCGAUCCCGAGCAGUUUAUGCGGGAUCUAAGGCAAAAUGUCAACCUGAAAACAUACGAGUACGGCAAGGUUGUAAUGGAUACUUUUGUCGUUGUUCAGCAGUUGUCGUUUGUUGCGCUUUUUCUUUUUGCAUUCGCUAAGAUGUACUCGGAAGAGGGGAAUGCGUAUGCGCUGGCGUGGAUAAACACGACACUCUUUGCGCUCUCUUUUGUAUUUUAUGUUGAAAUGCAGCGCCAACAGGCCAUGGAGCAGGGUGAAACAACAACUCCGCUUUUGCAGCAUGUGGUGAAACUUGGAAGGCAGGUUCUUCCGUUGGUGGCUGUUAUUAUUCUUCUCUCCCCUGCCUUGCAGACGCUUACGGCCACGUACAGCAAUGACACGAUUGUGGCCCUUAGCACUUUUGCAAUGUGCAUUCAUUUAUUAUUAACAGAUUAUAGUUACCUGAAUUGUUAUACGGAAAGGUAUCAACAAUAUACGGCGGUUAGUGCGGCAACAUUUGGUACAAUUCUCGUGGCUUCACGAAUAAAAAAUUUUUUUUGUAGUGGGCCUCUGAUCACAUUUGGAAUCCUUUGCUUUGCGCUCUCACCCAUUCCGAGGCAUCACCUCAAGCGCACUUCGGCGACAGCGCAUGUGGGACUCACAUUUGCGCUUUGUGGGCUUGCAGCUGGGUGCUUGAUGCAGGCGGCUAUUUUUGCCGUGCUGUACUGUCUAUUGGUGGUGGCCGUGUCGUUGUUUAUUCCAUGGUGUUUUGUGACACUGCACGGGAGUAUGAAGAAACAAAUUAACGGUCCAUGGGAUGAGGCAAAACCGACGAAUAGCGCCGCUGCUGCAGAGUGGGCAAACGCCGGUCUUCUGCGUUGA